AAGGCGGACGAUACGAAACAGCGACCCUUGCUGUUCGUUCGUCUUGCCUACACAGUUUUCUGGCCGCCUAGGGAUCUCUAGGGAGCCUAGGGAAGGCUUCCCUAGGCGAGGUGACGUGGGUGCCGGCUCCCGUGGCAACUAAUCCGGCGUCGCUCAGUCGCGCCGGCGGCACGCCAGCCGGCAGGCGCGUAUAAAAGCACGCCGCCUAGCGCACGUGCUUCGAGCCCGGGUCCUCGCCCAGCACAGGAAUCACCACCGUCUGCGAGACCGCCGCUUCGGAACGAAAGGAUGACCAGGACGACGCUGCUGCUGCUGGUGGUGCUAGUGCUCCCGCUGCUGGCCAACGCCUCGGGCGCGGCGCAGACGCCCUCGCAGCGCCGCUGCGGCCGAGUGCUGCGCGAGUUCAUGGAAUUUGUCUGCGAUGGAGUCAUCUACGACCCGUACGAGUCGGCUGCCCCCAAGAGGGCGCUGUUCGGCCAGCGGUUCUUGAUGUCCGGAGAAAAGUCCCCUGCGCUGGGCUUCCUGCGUCCCGAGACGGCCAACCAGCUGCUGGGAAAGCGAAACCCGCAGGGUGGCAUUGUGUUCGAAUGCUGCUAUAAGGCGUGCAGCAUCGCCGAAGCGCAGAGCUAUUGCCCUUCGUAGGCACCAACGUGGUGGAUCGUGAACUUCUGCUCAUCUCUCAGGACCACGAAGUGUCGAUGGCGAAUAUUGCGCGCAAGAUAAAGUCCCAUCGAAGGGGAAUACCUAACUGCGUCGUCUCGUGGCAUUUUGCUGCCUUCUGCGCAGCGCGCGUCCACAGCACAAAGUACAGCGCUGGCGCGCGCAUUGUGGAAAUGGCACGCACUCUGCGUGGUUCGUU